GACCAUCUUUACGAGUACGUAAAUUCUGCGUUUGGAAGGAAAUAUUAUACACAUCAUGGCUGAAAAUCAUCUUCCUCGAGGAGAUGACUUAGCUCAACAAGAAAAUAAUGGCUUUGGACCACUUUUCAAGCGUCGUGGGAAAAUUGCUACUGUCACUUCAGCUAUCAUGGUUGUGAUAAGUGGCGCGACACUAUUCUUCUCGGUGAAAGAGAAAGAGAAGGAGUUUCAUUUCCUGGUGUUUACAGCUGCCCUGCUUACCCUCAGUUUUGUUUUCGGUGAACUAUUACGAAGGUUGUCCCUGUUGUCUGAGGAGUUCAAACACAAACGCACGAGAUAUCAAGGAAAGUGGAAGAGUAUUUUCAAGACAACUUUCACUUUCGAUUAUGGCGGGUGUAUUUUAGUCGCUGCUAUCGCUUCUGCUGUCAUAUUAUGUUAUCAGUUGUAUGAACAAUACGAGGUUUUCUCUCGCCCAGAUUUCGCCAUUUUGUUUUUUCUGAACUGUUUCGUGGUUCCGCAGUUGUUGUUCCUUGUGGGUCUUCGACAGCUCUCUCCUGUGGAAACAUCGGAUUUGAACGAAAAAGAAAACAAGAAUGUAGCUGAUGGGCUGGCUUGGAGCUACUACUUUGGUUAUCUGAAGCUGGUACUGCCAAAACUGAAAGAACAGAUUAGCAAAUCGAAACCUGAACUUCGAUAUGCGAUAAAAGAGGAAAAGCUUUUAAUAUUAUUGCCCAAAACGUGCUACACCCGUGCCAACAUCGUUGACGCAGAUGACAGGGUAAAAUGGGUCGACAAUCUUACUAAGCUUUCAAUUGAUAGAGGUGGAAUUAAGAACAGAAUUUACAAGCAUGCGGUAUAUAAGAUAGAGAUGCCCCGCCCAGAUGGAAGAGUGGGAGAGUACCACUUUAUCUUGGAGUAUGCCACGCCUCUGAUGACCCUCUACGAUAUGUCUCGACAAGAAGACGCCCCCUUUAACCGUGAGGAGCGGGAUCAGCAGGUAGGCUAGUUUGUAGUAUUUUCCUUUUGAUUUUCAAGAUGAAAGAGAAUCCUGAUCUGAAUACUAUGAGUAAUAUUGUGACUGAUCCCUGGAGAGAGUUCUUAGGUCAAUUUUUGUUGUGGAAGUGCCACUGGCCACUCAGAACCCCUAGCCCAUAAUAGAUCCCAUCUCAAUAACUUUUUGAGUAAAUGUAAUUUUCAUUAUCCUAACUUAGUCACUUUCUGUUAAUACAUCUGUCUUGCAAAGCCUUUUAGGUAGCUCUUCCUAAAAUGAAUUGACUCAUUUGACCACAAAUCUUCCAUUUUUAAAUCCCUAGUUACUUUAAUUCGGCUUACCCCCAAAAUCCACAAAACACUCAACCCCAUUUAAGAAACUCUAUCAAAAAUGCAUCCCCAUAAUGAUGAAUCCAGUUAUGGAAAAUCAACCUUAUCCAGAGCAGUACAUCCCCAUUAUCCUAUUAUCAGGAAGACCCCCCCCCCCCGGGGACUGGUCCCCAGAAAUAUGCUUUGCUUUAGGUCAGACACAGUCUUACUGGAAGUUUUCUUUCUUAUUACAAAGGUGGUGCUAUUCAUCCAAAAAUUGACGGAAAUUCUGGAGAACUCUGAAGAGUGCAGAGGGACUUAUGAAUUAGUGCCAAUUUCAGGAAAUGGUCCACAUGAGAUUUCAAAUGUCCUAGUUGGGAUGCAUAAUGCUGCCAACAUAGAGAUGCACAAUCCAGAAGCUAAUGGAGUGCACUGACCAGAACAAGCACAGCUUUAAACAAAAAUAUUGCUAACUCAAUGUAACAAAAAACUCAGUUUAUAACAUUGUAUACAUAAAUUGCUGAUAUUUUACAGGACCUGUGAUAUACUAAAUGAAAUACUCCUUUAGUGAUCCAUGUAGGACUGAGGAGCCUUCCUUUUUCUUUCUAUUUUUCAGUUAGUAUAAUUAUAGUUUACACAAAAAAAUUAUUGAUAUUUAAGGGUACCUGUAAAAAUCCAGAUUUUACUCCUAAAGCCUCAUGGUUUUAAUGAUCAAGAAAAAGGAAAACUUGUUGAUUAUAAUUUAUUGUAUUUAAUCCUAACAAAUAACUGAAUGACAAUUUAUGGUAUUUCUGUUGCUCUGAACAAUCUGGGAGGCCAAAAUGUUUUACAGAGGUUUGAGAAAGAGAACAAGUAUUCCUGUUCCUUCCAAUCUUCUUCUGACUCUCAACUUCCUAAGCUUGGUAACCAGAAGGGUUGGAUCAUUUUUAUGUUAUUUGAAAAUUUUCAUCAGCCUGUUUGAAUUGAUUUUAGCCUAAUUAAUACUUUGGAUGAUGAACUGCAUAUAGAUCCUUUUCAUGUCAUUUCAGACAAAAAUCUAGUUGCGUUAAUAACUCAUGGUGAAUAAUUUGUUAUGAUCUAGUAGUUAUGAUUGUCAUUUCUGCUUUGCCAUUUUCAAUGACUGCUUAAAUUGAAGGUUCCAUCCUCAGCUGUGUGUCUUUCAGAACAACCAAGAUCCUCUUAAUCAAAGGCUCAUUAUGAUAUGGAAGACCCACAGCUGCAGCCUGUAUGAGCAUGCUUAAGUUGUUAGUUGUUGCAUUUUAAUUCUGUCAAUAAAUUGUUGUUUAUAUUUUUGUCUGGAUUAUGUGAAAAUAUCCAUAUCCCUACCCCUCUCUCCAAAAUAAGAGUGUCUGGAAUUCCUUCCUAUUUCCACACCAGUGAUUGCUAAGGGUUAGGGUUAGAGUUAGAAGAUAAAUGACCAUCAGAGUUUCUCAAAUACCCACCUGCCCCAUUACAAUUGACCCUCCAAGGGUGGGUGGGCACAUUGUCUGAAAACACAAAUAGUCAUCAGGUUUUCAGUUCAACUUAUUCUGUGAAUACUCAUCUUUGUGGAAUGCAAAAUUUGGAUUAAACUUGAAUGAACCAAGAAAACUCAAAGAGAGAUGACAAAUUACUUUUUAUGGGCUCUUAAAAGCACCCUAAACACGAUGUUUUAAAAUAUUUCAAAAAAAUAAUAAACAUUUAGAUUUGCCUUCGAAGCUUCGGUUCUCGGCAAGAUAUUAAGUUUUCUGACAUUAUUAGCCGACAUACCAGCUGCCUUAAGGGAUUUAUUAAAUUUCACUAGACAUUUUCCAACAUGUACCCACUGCCACCGGCUUAUAAAAAAAAAACUUCAACAAAUAAACAAAUCAUGUGAAACUUGGCGACAUUUUAAAAUGUGACUUACGUCAUGUAGCCGCAGAGGUAAUCAAAUACUGCACUGAGUUAUGUUUUUCCUCGACAGUAAAUAACCCCGAGCUGAUUUUAAAAGUAAAGUUUGAAUCCUCUCGAUUCAUUACAAUGACCCUGCUUUGUCAAUUUGCUUUCAAUUUAAGUCCUACGCAUCAAUAAGAUAUGUUAAAUUUUCCAAAAUACUUAAGAAGGCUUGCAGAGAAAACCACUCCUAUCCGCCAAUCAAAAUCAUAAGGGGAUUCCCCUAAAGUGUACCCAAUCAGUUGAAAAAAAAACGACAUCUGCCACGCAAGCAGUUUAAGAUCCCUAUCGAAGGGUGCAAAAAAGAAAAACACGUUUUAAAGGGGACGUGCAUAAAGAUACAUAGUUAGUUGAUAAAUGGAUCAACAGGAAAAUAACGGAUUUGGACCGAUUUUCAAGCCCCGCGGCAAGGCUGUCACUUUCGCUUCAGUAGUGAUAGCCACGAUAUCUGGGGCCCUGCUUGUGUUUGCCUUAUGGGAGAACGAAGACAAGGAAGGAAUUAGCUUUGUGUUCUUUGCAACAGCCCUUCUUAUGCUAAGCGUAAUUGCAGGCGAACUAAUCAGAAGGGUAUCGAUGCUAGCCGAAGAAAUUCGACACAAGCAGACGAGAUAUCGAGGGGAAUGGAGGCGAGUUUUAAAAUCUACUUUCGCGUUUGAAUACAGUUCUUGUAUUCUAGUUGUCGGUACCACUUCCACUCUGUUUGUGUGUUAUGCCAUGUUGCAAAACUAUGAAUCAUUUCUCCGCCUGGAUUAUGCCAUCUUUUUCAUACUGAAUUGUUUUGUGGUACCACAACUGGUUUUCCUCGUUGGUCUCAGAGAGCCGAACACGGUGGAAGCAACCAUGUUGAACGAAAGAGAUAACAAGAAUGUUGCUGACGGCUUUGCUUGGAAUUACUACUUCGGCUACCUGAAGUUGGUUCUUCCUAGGCUUGAAGCUCAGAUUGCAAAAUCGUCAGAGUUUCGUUACAAGAUAACAAAGAAGAAACUUUACAUCUUGGUGCCGAAGACAUGUUAUGUGUAUGAUAAUAUUGCCGACGCAGAUCCCAGGGUUACUUGGGCCGGAGAUCUUACACCGUGUAAAAUCAACAGAGGAGGAAUAAUGGAAAGAAUUUACAAACAAGCAGUUUACCGAGUAGACAUGUCCGAUAAACCAGGAAUGACACGUGAAUACUUCUUCAUUUUGGAGUACGCUUCCAAUCUUAUGUCUUUGUAUGACAUGUCUCUCCACGAAGACGCUCCCCUCAGUCGUCAAGAGCGGGAUGAUCAG